AUGCCGACUGACUCUGCCUCCCUAUCGCAACCGCCAACACCAAGCAUAUCCACAGCGUCCUCUCCCCCGCGCAACCGAGCAGCGGAGUAUGAGAAAUUCAAAAAGUUCGCCGCCUAUACCUUCCUCAUCGCCUCGCCCGUCUUCAUUGCCCUCCCGCCCCGCAAACUCGAUUUCUACACAUUCAGCCUUGGAGCGGCCUUUGUCGUCUCCGCAAAUCACAUUUCCUCCGUCCGCACAGGGAGGGGUAUAAUAGGACAUAUACAGUCGCGUAUGGUCGACCACGGUCGGCCCAGUGUGUUGCGCGAGCUGCCUACGCUGCAAGCUGAGGCCGUGCAGGCGCAGCUGCGGGCUGCGAGGGAGGCACAACAGAUACGCGAUGGGAAGGCUGUGGGGGAGGAGCUGGAGGAGAGGUUAACGCGAAGACCCGGGGGGGAGCGGGAGAUGAAUAUUGUGAAGAAAAUCUGGAUGGGCGGGGAGAAGGAGGGGUGGAAGGAACGGAGGCUUAGAGAGGAGCAGCGGGCGUUGGCUGAGGGGAAGGGGUAUGGGGAUUUGAUUAAAGAGCAUAUUUGGGAGGUGUGGAAUUGGGGGAAGAAAGACGACAGCGAGCGGAUGGGUGAGGAACAGGGAGAGGGGGUAACGAAGAGAAGAGGUGGGAUGGGCGGAAAUAAGGAUGUCUAG